CCGACCGAUUUUGACGACUCCUUUGACCUCUCGCGCUGUCCCUCCCCCGCCCCGCCCCGCCCCGCCUGCGUCGCCGCGCCAAGCUCCAGGCGCCCCCGCCCCCGCCCCCUGGUUGGUGGAUUCCAUGGCCAACAGCAACCUCCCCCGCCGGAUCAUCAAGGAGACGCAGCGGCUGCUCAGCGAGCCAGCGCCGGGGAUCAGCGCCUCGCCGUCGGAGGAGAACAUGCGCUACUUCAAUGUCAUGGUCCUUGGCCCCGCGCAGUCGCCCUACGAAGGUGGAGUCUUCAAGCUUGAACUUUUCUUACCCGAGGAAUAUCCGAUGGCUGCUCCUAAAGUUAGGUUUCUCACAAAAAUAUACCAUCCCAACAUUGACAAGCUUGGUAGAAUAUGCCUCGACAUCCUAAAGGACAAGUGGAGUCCAGCUCUUCAGAUACGCACUGUUCUUCUUAGCAUUCAGGCACUGCUGAGCGCCCCAAACCCAGAUGAUCCUCUCUCAGAAAACGUCGCAAAACACUGGAAAUCCAAUGAAGCUGAAGCUGUUGAGACAGCGAAGGAAUGGACUCGUAUGUAUGCCAGUGGCGCAUGACAAGCUAACGCUGUUAUGGAUGUAAUAACACCGUGUCAUAGUUGGGCCUAAUCGAAAACCAUUUGCUUGAUAAAAACACACUUGAAAUGAUUUGCGAUGGACGAAUGUAUCCAGAGCGGCAUCAUUUCUAGUUGGUGGUUGUAUUUGUGGUGCGUGUUCUGGCACGCUUCAUAACUUGCUGCUUAUAGAACACGCUCUGUUUCUCGUUCA